AUGACUCAACAUAUGAGAACACAUACAGGAGAGCGUCCCUUUAAAUGUCCACAACCAAAUUGUGGUCGUGAGUUUUCUAUAUCUGGUGCACUAACCAUACACCUUCGAGUUCAUACUGGUGAAAAACCAUUUAAGUGCAAACAGGAAGGCUGUGUGAAACGGUUUGCUGAAUCAUCAAAUCUUACAAAACAU